AACAUCAUUAUUCAAGGCUCUUUUCAUAUAAACUUUUAUAUACAAUUAGGGAUGGGAAUUGAUAAGAUUUUUUCGGUUCCGAUUACCCUUUUGAUUCUGCUUAACGAUUCAGCUCUUUAUCGAUUCUCUUAUCGAUUCUUAUUUGGAAAAAAAGAUAAUAUAUAGAUCGAUCAGCAUCAAUUAUGUUUAGUUUAGAGCGAACAUGACCUUACAAAGCCAGCAGUGAGGUCUUAAGAGGCACAUAGCAUAGAAAAAAAACUUUUGAAAAUAAAUUAAACAAAAAUAUUCUGUAGAAUUUAACAAAAUAAAACAUGUGGAAAUUACAAAAGAAUGUAACAUUUUGUAACAAUCUUAAAACUUAAGAAUCUCUGUCAUCUACCUAGGAAAUAUACAAUGCAAAGGUUUGUUUAGAUUUACAAGGUGAAACUGAUAUAAUGACAGAGGCUUAUAACAUGCAACAUAAGAUAUUUCGAACUUUCUUUUGAUACAAUGUUGAUGUUUUAAGAUUAGGAUUAGUUUAUUUCAAAGGGGACAAUGCAAUUUCAUAAAACACAUGACUACACAUGGUUAAAAAAGCCUGAAUUAGCCAGAAGGCUAGUUUUAAUCUGUAGUACCAUGGCCAUGAUGUAAAAAAGGCAGUAAAAUUAAAAUUUUAAAGAAAAAGAAAAAAAGCACACAAUACAUAUACGAUAUAAUAAAAAAUAAAAUACAACAUCACAACAUAUCAUUCAUCAUAGCAUCAAAUCAGGCUCAUCUUUUAGUGCUGGCAGCUGUAGACAUUGAUAAGCCACAUUUUUAUUGCCUAGAGCUUAUAAAAACCUUAAAUUGAAAAUCUCAGAAAAUGUGUUGUGGUUUUUUAAACUGUAAGCCAUUAUCAUCAUGGUUGUAUUAAAUUAUUAAAUAGAGGCUUGACCAAUGUCACUUUGCUGCAAUAUUCUAAUUUGAUGUGUGUCACCUGUAUAAUAUAAUGACUGGGCUAAAAUGUGUUUGGAGGAAAUCAUACAACUUUUCUCUGACUACAACUGUACAUUCACCUACAGAAAGCAACAAUGUGGCAUAUUGUUGUGAGCUUUUAACCACAAACUUGGUCACUGCUCAGUGAUAUUCGCAGCGGUGAAAACUAACGGUAGACGUGAACUGGAGCCAUUACUGCCCGCCUCCAAACCAGUCAGAAUAUGUCUCCUCAUGCUCAUCUGAACGAGAAGAGUUUGAUGGAGAGCUGGUCGGAUGACAGCUGGAACUGUUGUUAUAACUGGAGGAAUACUGGCCACAGUGAUACUUCUGUGUAUCAUAACUGUGCUCUGUUACUGUCGACUCCAGUACUACUGCUGUAAGAAGAAUGGGUCUGACAGUAGCUCCAACUCCCUGCAGCACUUUGAAUGCAACGCAUGCGGCGUCUCCGGCCUGGACGGCCCCAUCGACACCCCGCUGUCGCUUUCCCCGCCAGAUCCGCCGGCCACCUCCAAAGCCGGGAAAGCGGCGGCGGGGCGUAGCCGCUACUGCCCCACCUGCUCCCCCUACGACUCCCCCUUUUUCCUCCGCACCAGCGAUGAGAUGCGGAAUGGUGGCGAGCGCAUUACCUACAUGCCCACGCACUACGAGAACCAGGCUCUGGUCAUGCCGCUGCCAACCGGCCGAGGCUCCCUGCUGAGAGAGGCCCGGCGGAGCAGAACACCUGAUUUCUACUCUAACACUGGAGCCAUCAGCACACAGGUGUGACACUGCAGCUGACGAGCAGAAGCAGUUUUAGCAUUGAAUUACUAUGCGCGAGUUGGAAUUCUCAAAUCUGGUUGAUGUUUUUGUCAAAUUGUACACGUAAAAUACACAAUGUAUCGACUGUUAUUUACAGACUGAGGGCUAUUUUACCUAAAUCCUGGUUUACAUACUGUCUGCCAAACACUGUACAUGUUGAAGGAGGCGUUAAAGAAUGAAGGGAUGCAAUUACCGUAUUUUUCGGAUUAUAAAUCGCAGUGUUUUUUCAUAGUUUGGCCGGGGGUGCGAUUUAUGCUCUCGAGCGACUUAUGUGUGAAAUUAUUAACACAUUACCGUAAAAUAUCAAAUAAUUUUAUUUAUCUCAUUCACGUAAGAUACUAGAGGUACCAAUAGAAGAGGAAGCGGCGCAUUGUCUAUCUUUGGAGUUGGCAGAGUUGUUUAGAAGCGACACCGAGGAAGAAGAUUUCAUGGGAUUUAGCGAUGAGGAGUGACAGAUUGUUUGGUAAACGUAUAGCAUGUUCUAUAUGUUAUAGUUAUUUGAAUGACUCUUACCAUAAUAUGUUACGUUAACAUACCAGGCACGUUCUCAGUUGGUUAUUUAUCCCUCAUAUAACGUACACUUAUUCAGCCUGUUGUUCACUAUUCUUUAUUUAUUUUAAAUUGCCUUUCAAAUGUCUAUUCUUGGUGUUGGGUUUUAUCAAAUAAAUUUCCCCCAAAAAUGCGACUUAUACUUUAGUGCGACUUAUAUAUGUUUUUUCUUUCUUUAUUAUGCAUUUUCGGCCGCUGCGACUUAUACUCCGGAGCGACUUAUAACCCGAAAAAUACGGUAUACGCGCCCUGUGAUUGGCUGGCAACCAGUCCAGGGUGUACCCAGCCUUUGGAUGCUGGGAUGCAGUCGUUUCUUGGAUUUUGUCAUCCGACCUAUUCUGGGUGUUUUCAAUGCAUGCGUUUGUUUCCCCACCUUUUUUGUCACUAUGAUCUGUGUCUAUGCAAUAUGUUUGACUGCUGAUUUUAGUCUUCUUGCAGCAGAUAUGAUCUCAUAAGCGUAAGGACAAAACACCAAUAUACAAGCAUACCACCCUGGAAAAAGAAUGGUUCAAUAAACCGAUAAGAGCGCCAAUAUAUGAUAUUUAUACCUACUGCAAAAAAAAGAGCUAACAAUGUAAGGGAAUCAAAUACUAAAAACUAGUGAAAUUAUGUCCAUGCAGCUAGUUAUUUUACUUGGCAAGACAUCCUAAAUUAAGAUUUGUAUAUCUAGAAAUUAGCAGGACGUUUAAAGUAAAACUGCACUUUUUAUUUUUAUUUUGCCUAUCCAUCACAAUCAGUAUGAAAGACUUGACGACGAAUGGAUAUUUUAAAAUGCAUUCUAAUUUGUGAAUACACGUAAAUUCUAGUACGCUUACUGUGGAGCCAACGAUAGCUCCACUAUUCCGCCCAUAAAAUCAAAUAACCAUCAGAAAAGCUCCAACAAUACUCCAUUUAGUGAUUUGAAUAUUAACAGUGAUAUUGUUAUUAUAAGCGCUAACGCUGACUAACUAUGGCAACGCAGUGAUCACAAGCUUGUGUACAAUUUCGACAUGAUUGACUGGCGAGAUGUUUCCUUGCUUCCUAUAAGUUUAUUCUAGAUCACGCUUGGAUUCACCGCCCCCUUUUUCUUUGUGAGGAUUAUGGGUCAUUCUUCAUCUAAAUGGGAAUAUGUGAACAUCCCGGCAGUCGGCAUCCUAGUGACUGCAGACCUCGUACAGUAAGUGAUGUUUUAUUAUGUUUGUUGGCUCUCAUAAAGUCUGCAGUCAGUAAUAAUCAGUGAUGCUGUUAAAAAUAAGCGAACAUUGUGAUGCCUUUUUUAACAUAUGCAUAUGCUUUAAAUGAUCAAAAUAUGUAAAUAUUAAGGCUCCAUUAUUAACAGACUUUUGAUCGCAUUUACUUAAUAUUUAGAAUGCAUUUUUUCUAAAAUACAUUCAUCGUCAUGUCUUUCAUAAUGAUUGUGAACGAUAUGCAAAAUUCCCAAAAAAGUGCAGUUCCCUUUUAAGCUAGAAAUACGUAUUUUAUUUUGAAAACAAGCAUUAUUCAAUCUGCAGUUAAAUUAAGUAUCCUGGGGAUGUUGCAGAAUCUUUAAAGAAGAUUGUCUAUGUAUAGAAAACCAAAAUAUCUUAUUUGAAUAGUUAUUUUCUCAAUUUUAACAUUUUUAAACUUGAAUAGACAAAAUAUUCCGUAUUUUCCGGGCUAUAGAGCACACCGGUAUUUAAAGGUGCCAUACUGUAUGUAAUAAUGUAGUCACGGUCAAAAAUUAUGUAGUCUCCUCCCUCUCUCCAUGACUGAGGUUGCCAGAUACACAGCCGAAUCCCAAUCCAAGGAACUUCAAAUGGCAAACGACGAGUCCUAGGCUGUAGGUUUCUCUUGUUUAUGCUUCUUGCAAGAUGGUUUACGAAGAAAUUAUGCCAUCUUUCACUGAUGUGGAUUAGCCAAAUGUAUUUGUAAAGUUACGCAGCGAUAUUUUUGUCGGGAGUCGGGACAGAUUGUUGGCAUUACCCUGCUAAAAUGUCGAGUUUGACCACACGGAUAAUUAUACAUAAUAAUAUAUAUUAUAUAUCGCAUAGGCCUACUUUGAUGGCAAGCCAAGGCUAACAGUAAAAUUACUGCCACAUUUGGUUCUGCAUAACUCCAUGUUGCAUCCAACCUGACGCACUGCAUUCUCUUCCAUGUACGCACAUCACCAUCUUUCAGUGCAGAGUGCAAUUCUAUGAGCCAACCCACGUUAUGCAGAAACCACGUUACGCAGAAAUCAUAUAGCCUACUAUCAUGUCAAUACACCAAGUAAAAAAUCCUGACAUGUAAUGCAUGAUAUUGUGCCAAAUACCACCCCAUAUAUGCCUGAUGCACAUACAGUACCAGAAAAAGCAAAUAGCCGUGCUAAUGUUGGAACACAUUUCCUCAGCGUAUCAGCAUAUUGAGAACAAAAUAGGCACUGACACUACCCAUAUCCACAUAGGGCAAAAUAUCGAAAAAUAAAUUUUGCCCUGUCAGUUGGAUGACACAUCGACAUACAGGCUAACAGGUAUAUAUUUCAUAUAUUUCACUGUUGUCGAUGUGUCAUUGAC